AUGCCGGAGAAGUAUGAUGGAACAGGGGACUUACGAUUAUGGUUUCGGCGUUACGAGAAUUGCGGCCAGGCAGUAGGAUGGUCAGAGGGGGCGAUGGCGGCCCACCUUGGUGGCUAUCUUGCUGGCCAAUUCUUUGAGUGUUGGGAGAAGAACGCUAAAUGUGGCCCCUAUCGACAAGGGAAGGCACUGUUACUCGACCUCUUCGACCGACGUGUGGCCGAUCAGUCUUUGGAGCGGUUCUAUGCAACAAAGUGGGACCGCAAGUCCAAAAUUGGCCUGUUUGUGACGAAGCUCUUUACGGCCAUCGAUGAGUACAACGCCACACUGCCCGAGACCGAACAAUUAUCUGACAAGACGAGAGGGCGUAUGGUAUUGGACCGCCUCGUAGCCAAUGUCUCCGGGGGAGCGAAGACGGCCGUGAGGAACAAGAAACCCUCUACGGUAGCAGAUAUGUGCAGGAUUGUAGAGGACCACACUCACUCCGAGGACACUCAAGAAAAGCCAAAACAACCUCCUCAAGCAGCUGUGGCCGCAGAAAUGAUCCUUCCGGAUACUAUGAGAGCAUUUACUGAGACUAUGCAGGCGGUCAUCCAAGAGAUCAAAGGGUUGAAGACGACCUUCCUGGGCGAUGCCCAAGGAAAGGGGAAGGGGGUGAAAAGACCACCGGUGAAGAAGUGUCCUAUUUGUCAAGGUGGCCAUUAUGUCUUCCACUGCCCGGAGAAGAAAUAUGAGAAAGGAUGCUUUCUCUGUGGCCAGAACGAGCACAGGGUACGUAGUUGUCCGCAGCUGAAGAAUAAGGUCUCGUCGGGAAACGAGGAGGGCGGCCGCUAA